AUGCCAACCUCUCUAUUCGCUCAGCAGACAAUGCCCUCCCACGACUCAGAGGAGGACUCCCUCUUCUUCGAAGACUCGAUAUCGCCUUCCAAUGCCCUCUUCCCUUCCGAACUCCUCGAUCCCUCUUCCCUACUCAACAUACCGUCUACGACCAAUGGCGGUCCUUCGUCGAUGAAUCGCCCUUCACCCGCAAGUGAUAAUUCACUCUCACCCUUGGCGUACCAACAAUCAUUCGGCCUGAGUAGUGGAUCAUCGUCAUCCAGAGUACCGUCAUUAUCCCCCUCGACUCAAUCUAUCAAUCUAUCUAAUAUGGGUAGUAUCUCGAUGAACGGUCAUUCACCUAGAUCAUCAUCUUCUCCAAGUUCACAUUCCAACUUUUCCCUGUCGGCUACGGACGACUUCCUAUUCAACAAUAAUAAUAGCUUCGACUCGACCGAAUUGGAUGUGUUGUUCCAAUCUGAAGAUAGCAAAAUGCUCCUCAAUGGAACUGGGGAAGAUCAAACUUUGAACCAGUUUGUCAACAUUCCUAACGGAAAUGAAGGACAAGAUAAAUCCAAUGGACAAUCUCUUUUCUUUCCAGAUCAACAAUCCAACCCAUUCCUUACUCAUGAUAACGAUGGGAAUUUAGAUUUCUUACAAAAUUUGUUGUUCAGCGGCAAUGGAAAUACAAAUACACUAAAUGGUUUGGGUAGUGACGAUACGUUCGAUAUGCUCAAUCUGGAUUCACCAAUCUCCUCGGGUAAGAAAUCCUCUCAAUCUGGCUUUCCGAUCGAUUUCGAUUUUGUACAACAAGCCAAAGCUAUUGGAAAUAUGACGCAUUCACAACAGCAAACUCUACAACCUCAAUACAUGAAGGAUCAGGUCAAGCAAGAGGGAUGGCCAAUAGGACAUUUGAAUGGCUUUGAGAAUCAAUUACAGGUUAAUAAUGAUCAGAUGGGCAAUCUCGGGUAUGGCAUGAAUACCAAUGGUUCAUCGCUCAAUCAACCCUCUACAGAUCUGUCCACAUCGAAUUUCAAGCAGCCCCGUCAGACCAAAGUCUCCCAGCAACCCCGUCAAUCCAACAAAACUCCAGCUGCUCUUAAAGAAUCUAGCGAUCCACCCGUUGUCGGAAAGCACAACAAGACCGAACGACGAUAUCGACAAAAGGUACAGGCUGCUCAAGCCGAUCUACGAGAUGCCAUUCCAGCUCUUCGAGUGUUAUAUGCUACGUCCACCGAAGAACAGAAACGCACUACCGAUUUCAGAGCUGCGGAUGGGACGGUCGAUGGUUUGGGGGAAGUCACCAGACCCAACGCAAGUGCGAAAGCUACGAUCUUGAUCGGAGCUAAGAAGUAUAUCGAACUUUUACAAAGACGAUCAGCGAUGUUACAGCGUAAAGUUGAUGAAUUGGAAGCUUUCCGUCUGGCAGUAGCUGGAGAAGAUAAUUUGAAGCUGUGGCAAGCUGAUUUCGGCGCUAGGGAAAGUUUGAUCCAAGCUGCUGCUGAGGCUGCUGCGAUGAAAGCUGAGGAAGACUCCCUUGAUGAAGAUGAUGACGUGGAUGAAGAAGAGGAAGAACAACAACCCAAACGGAAAAGAGUAAAGACUGCUACUGCACCUAAACAAACUCGUUCCAAACCCGGUCCAAAAAAGAAAGAUCAGAAUUCGACCACGACCACGGCUCAGAACGUUGCUUCUGGCGGUCUGAGGAUGUUCGCUGCGUUUGCUGUGUCUUUCAGCUUCUUACCUUCCGCUUCAAACGUGUUGAAACAAACUUCAACUCAAUCAUCUACCAGUACAAUGCCCAGCGCCGUGAUAGGACAAGCUACCACUGGUCAGAUAUUAUCUAAAUUACCGCUCAUCACUGCCGAACACACCUCCAGGUUACUAGCAAGAGGUCUACCAGGACCAAUCGCCCCGGCGCCUCAUACUCUCAUUGACUGGACCUGGAGAUUGCUCGUCGCUGUCAUCUUGGCUGCUUCGAUGGGUCCGAUCAUCUCUCAUUGGACCAAGUCUGAAGAGAAGAAGAAAGCUGGAAACAUCUCUCUCUUUGCUAAGGAUUGUGCGAGACUGAUCGUUCCUGUUGGUAAGAAGGUUAAAGCAUCUGAUGAUCAGGCUUAUUGGAAUCAGAAGGCUGCUAAUAUCAUUGGCGGUGCCAUAAAACCAUCCACCCUUGAAAAAUGGCAUGUCGUGGUGCAUCUCCAUAACACAGCCUCAGAAGCCUAUUCCCUCACUUUACUUGCUCUACUCCAACACGAUAUACCUUUCCUGCGAUCUUCGACUCAAAUAUGGAGAGAUGCCCAGUCCAGAAUUACCACAUCGACACCUCUGCCUCUCGCUACUGUUUUGAAGCUUCCUUUACACGAAGCACUGCGAUGUGCCGAAUCUCUUGAUAGAACAUCUUCACCAAUCACCGCUAUUGCCGAACAAAUCACCUUGGUACAUGUCUACGACCUCUACUCAAGAUUCUUUAUCAAAUUGGUAGAUGCUUCCACUCGAUCGAAGUCAGCUGGAAAUACUACUGCUUCUCUCAAAACCCUCUUAUCUAAUCUUGAAUCAUACGAUAUUGGCCAAUCACUCAAACUAUCAGCAUUUGACAAAGAAGUGCGAACGACCAUCGAGGGAUUGCCUAAAGGCUCGGCAGCCCAUGCUCUUGGUCUAGUACUCAUUGGUCUAUGGGGAAUAUUCGUUAAACCUACUCCCAGUGCUCAAGCAGCUUUAGCAACGGCAUUGGCAGCUGAAGAAGUUCAAGGUGCAGGUAAAGGCUUAUCAUCGAUUUCAGCAAUGUUGGAGUUGUUAUACCCCGGUUCGAAAGAUGUUUUAGCAAUUCAUGAAGUUGAUAAAUCCCUGCAAGAGAAUAGGUUAUCGAAAAAUGCUUUGGCAGUUGAUAAAUUGGCUUUAACCUGUAUUGAAUAUAUCAAACUCCUCAUUUCGUCCAACGAAGUGAAUGAUCGAACGGUAAAUGAAAGUAGGUUGAAGAGAUUGGAAAAUUCAAGGAAUAUACAGAAAGCUAGUAGUCAUUUGAGAUUGGUUUUGACCCAAAUUAAAUUUAUUGGUGUUGGAUUUGAAGAUUCGAGUAUACUUCAUCCAGAUGACGAAGAGGAAGAGAUUGAAGAAGAUGGAGAAGAGGAAGAGGUUUUAGAUAAGAGAGAAAAGGAUGUACAUCAGGAUUUGGAGAAUGAAGUGAGAAGGUUUGAAUUGGCUAAAGAAAACUUGGUGAGAGUUUUAUGUGAUGUUAGUAGACGUGCGGCUGGGAGAGCGGGUGGGAGGGAUGAAGAUUCGGGAUUGGAAGGUGAUUUAGAUGAUUUAUGA